AAAUAGCAAGUCAUAUACAUCCGUAGUGAUACACCAUCAUGACGGACGAACGCAUUCCAUUGUUGGUACAGGUUGCACCCCGUACUCGCAAACCACUUCGUAUGAUGUGCCUAUUUAUCCUUCCAUGUAUUCUCUUAUUGUUUGCUCUUUGCAGUUGGUACAAAGUUACGCAUCAUCUUGGUCCCGAAGUGACCGUACGGAUCUACACCAACAACAUCCGAUAUGACAACCGUAAUCAUCCAGAUGAAUUCGAGCAACCAUGGAAAAAGAGAAGAGUACAACUGAUUAAUUCUAUGGAUUUCCAUUCUUCUGCCCAGGCCAACGUGGUUUGCCUUCAAGAAGUAUUACACCACCAACUCAACGAUAUCCUUGACAAAUUGAACAAACACGAUGAAUGGACCUAUUAUGGCGUGGGAAGAUCAGAUGGUAUUACCCGGGGAGAAUAUGCUCCAAUAUUGUAUAAAAAAAGUGAAUGGCGUGUGGUACAAAACACCACAUACUGGCUUAGUGAAACACCCUGGAAACCCAGUCGAGGCUGGGAUGCAGCAUUAGAACGUAUAGUCACGAUGAUAACCCUCCAGUCGUAUCAUAAUCCAUUGGUGAAAAUCAACGUAUUCAAUACACAUUAUGAUCAUCGUGGUAAAGUUGCCAGACGCGAGAGUUCAAAAUUGAUUGUUAACAAAAUGCAGAAUUUCAAUACAUAUCCUUCGUUCUUGUGUGGUGAUUUCAACACUGAACCAAAGGAUGAACCAUACCACAUUCUCACCAAGGCUGGGUUUAAAGAUGCGAGGAAACUCGUGAAUUGGGAUGACGAGUACGGGCAUUCUACAACCUUCACUGGGUUCAAUAAGGAACAUGAGGCUGACUCUAUUAUUGAUUAUAUUUGGUCUCCUUAUUUCACAAGAUCCGAUGAAGUGGAAACGGAAUCAAUUAAUUAUUUUAAGUUGAAUCAUCAUAGGUAUUAUGAUAUUGUAUUGCGCCAAUUUGGUAUUUUGCAUAAUUACUUUAAGGGCUUCUAUUUCUCAGAUCAUCGUCCUGUGGUUGCCACUUAUAUAAUUAGAAGGAUUAGAUUGUUUUAAAGUACUCAUGUUUUGUUCAUUUGUUGUUUAUCUAUGUAGACAGCUUUUUAUAAAAUAUGCCUCCUCGAUCAC